GGUCCUGGCUGCGGGGGAGACGCCGCCGCCGCCGCCGCCCUCCACCUGAGCGCCAUGGAGCCCGAGCCGCCGCCCGGCGCGGGGGCCGCGGAGAGGAGGCCGGAGCCCCCGCCCCCCAACGGGUUUUCUCAAGAGCCUUCCGCCGAACAUGACCCGCCCUUUGCUGCAGAUGUUGAACAGAUGAACACCCCUUCUUCGAUGCUGCUCUUGAACGCUGGCAAUGACCGGGUGGACCAGCGUACCUGUCUGAUCUGCGGGGACCGGGCCACGGGCCUGCACUACGGCAUCAUCUCCUGCGAGGGCUGCAAAGGCUUCUUCAAGCGCAGCAUCUGCAACCGACGGGUCUACCGAUGCAGCCGUGACAAGAACUGCGUCAUGUCGCGCAAGCAGCGCAACCGCUGCCAGUACUGCCGACUCCUCAAGUGCCUCCAGAUGGGGAUGAACCGGAAAGCCAUCCGCGAAGAUGGCAUGCCAGGGGGCCGGAACAAGAGCAUUGGACCUGUCCAGAUCUCCGAGGAGGAGAUCGAGCGGAUCAUGUCCGGUCAGGAAUUCGAAGGGGAGGCUAACAUCUCCUGGUGCAACAACGGAGACAGCGACAACAGCUCUCCGGGCAACGGGGUGUCGGAAAGCAAUCAGCCUUCUCCCGUCUCGACGCCCUCUUCCAGUAGGUCGGUGGAGAUGAACGGGUUUACAGUUCUCAGGGAUCAGUACAUGGGCACGCCGGUGUCCGCCCCUUAUCAGUACCUGCCGCACCUUCUCAGCUGCCCGACUCACACCGCCCUGCUGCCCCCCCAGCCCCGCACCCUUGACCCCCAGGCCCACGGGCUGCUCAUCAGCCAGCUGGUGUCCGCAGAAGACCUGGAUCCCCUGGGCACCCCGAUGCUGAUUGAAGACGGGUACCGAGUGACCCAGGCCGAGCUGUUCGCCCUGCUGUGUCGUCUGGCGGAUGAGCUGCUCUUCCGGCAGAUCUCCUGGAUCAAGAAGCUGCCCUUCUUCUGCGAGCUGUCCAUCAAGGACUACACCUGCCUGCUCAGCUCCACCUGGCAGGAGCUGAUCCUGCUCUCCUCCCUCACCGUCUACAGCAGGCAGAUCUUCGGGGACCUGGCGGAUGUCACCGCCCAGUAUUCGCCCUCCGAUGAUGAGCUUCACAGGUUCAGCGAAGAAGGGAUGGAAGUUAUGGAACGCCUGAUCUACCUGUAUCGCAAGUUCAGCCAGUUGAAAGUCAGCAACGAGGAGUACGCCUGCAUGAAGGCCAUCAAUUUCCUCAACCAAGAUAUCCGGGGUCUGGCCAACGCCUCCCAGCUGGAGCAGUUGAACAAGCGAUACUGGUACGUCUGCCAGGACUUCAUGGAGUUCAAAUACCCGCACCAGCCAAACCGGUUUCCGGACCUGAUGAUGUGUCUACCGGAGAUCCGGUACAUCGCAGGAAAAAUGGUGAACGUCCCUCUGGAGCAGCUCCCCCUCCUCUUUAAAGCCGUCCUGCACUCUUGCAAAGCCUCCAUGAACAAGGAAUGAAGCUGGCCCAGGAGCUCCGUGACACCCACCCACCCACCCCACCCUUCGGAAACCCCCCCCCUCCCAGCAAAGAACCUCGGAGCGGACACCACCCAGCGAUCCCGCCAACGGGGACCACCUCAACAGCCUCCGGCAGGGCAGUGGGUAGCCUUGGCCGCCGAAUCCUUAGGGACGGAGGGAGUGUUGUUGCGGCUGUGUGGCGUUGUGUGUGUGUGUGUGGGGAGGGGUUGUGUGGGGGUUUUUUUGUUUCUUUUUUUUUUUGUUGUUUUGGUUUUGUUUUGACUCAUUUUUUUUUUCUCCUCUUAAUAUUUAUUUCACGACAGAGUUGAAUGUAUGAUCUUCAACC